AUGAGCUCCUCCGCUGAGAACGCCGAUCCUCCUGAGGACCUUCGCCGUGCGCUGGGCAUGGUGCUCGCCCACAACGCCUCACUCGCUGGUGGGGAGCAGAAAGGCGACCAACCAAGCUUGUACCACGUUCGAACGAUGGAGGAAUAUCGCAAGUGCCGCUACGAGAUGGAUCUGGUCGAGCAGAACCUCGACAAGCUCAAGACACUCGACAACCCUCCCGGAUUCGUGUAUGUUGUCUGGCGACGCUGGGAGUGUUCCGAGCGACUAGAGUCGCUUGAGCGUCAGAUUCAGGGUACCCGCAACGCCCGCGUGCUCGAUAAGCUCGAAGCCAAGCAGAGCAAAUCUAAACACCAGCUCGCUUUCUGGCAGGAGCGCGAGGAAGUGUUGGUGACGGACCGCAAGUUGGAGAAACAGGCGUUCGAGAUGUUCACGCUCAUCAAGCACAUCAGCGAUGCCAGAUGGGUCAUCUUCAAGCUCCACAACGCAACAAGAGACUCCACAGUUGAAUCUGUCCUCACGUGGAUCAAGAAGCGCAUCGCCGACGCCGAAAAGUCCUUCAAGAAGCACUACUGUGACAGCCCGCACUACGACGGGGAACCGCACCGCUCGACCUCCUCCAGCUCCCACACCGGUCACAUCCCGAUCGUCCUGGACCACCGUCCGCGUCUUCCGCCCGCCUCUGAAGCAGCGCACCAGCCCGUUUUCGAUUUGACAUCUUCAGACGAAGACUCCGACGAUGGCGACUUCGGAGCGCCCUGA